AUGUUACUCCAGGAAUCUCAGACCUUCGUUCUUGACGUGAAAGACUUCAGUGACGGCGGAGAGAUCAGCGUGAAGGCAGUGAACGACAGAGAGUUGGUGGUCGAAGGCCGCAAAGAGAAGCAGGGAGAUGGAUCAAGGUGUUCUCAGCGGUUCCUCCGGCGCUUCGUCGUUCCUGGAGACCUCCAACUGGAUGCCGUCAACUCAGUCGUGUCUUCUGACGGUGUGCUCACUAUCUCUGCUCCUAAGAAGCCGUCGAGGCUCCAAAUCCGGGAAGUAGCUGUUCCCAUUCAAAAUGAAGGGCAGAGAACUGAUGCUUCUGGCACUGCCAUGAAGAAUGCAGAUAUCAAGUCCAGCAAUGCUUCAGCUGCCACUAUUCCUAAAUCUCAAAAUGAAUCUCACAUCUCCAGUGGAGCGUCUACUCCGUCCAAAGUAUCUUCGCAAACCAACUCGACUCGCGGCUCUCAAGAACUUUCAUCCUCAAACCAGAAGGGAGAUUCUCAACAGAACACCACCGUAAUUCCCGUUAGAGUUCAGGAAACAGGAGGGCUCUCAGAGAAGCCGACCUCCUCCUGUUCCAAGACCUCGACAGGUGUCGGCGACGAAGACGCCUCCGCCAGAUCGACCUCCUUCGCCGCGAGAGGCGACGCUGACGAGGGCGAUCAACAAGAUGAGGACCUCUAUAAGCUGAAGGGAAAUGGAGCCAAGUUCCCCAUCAAGAUUAAUGGAUCUGUGAUAAACAACAACUCACUGUGAUUUGAAGUAAAUAUUCCAAAUAAGAAUUGGACAUUUGAAGUAUAAAUAGAUGAUGAAAUGGAACGAACUAUCAGGUAUUUUCAUAUGUAUAUGUAUGUAUGUAUAUAUAUACAUGUAUAUGUUAUAUCUAUAUAUAUAUAUAUGUAUAUAUACAAAUAUAUGAUAUAUAUAUAUAU